UCGCAAAAUGGGUCGUGUCGCAUAAAGUGUUGUUUGACAGUUCAUAUUCAUUCGACGAUUAUUCCGUUUUGGUGUUAAACAAAGCUUUUCGUUGUGAAAAAUUGUGAGCAAAAUAAGCACAGCUUGUUUCAGUGAAUAAAACGCUCUACAAUUUAAUCGUUGCAGUGUUGUGGUACCCACGACCUGGGAAAUCGACUGAAUAGAGUUUACCCGCGUUUCCAACCAUGGGAGUUCCGAAAUUCUUCCGCUAUAUCAGCGAGCGCUAUCCAUGCCUGAGCGAGCUGAUUCGCGAAAACCAGGUACCGGAGUUUGAUAAUCUCUACCUUGACAUGAACGGCAUCAUCCACAACUGCUCCCACCCGAACGAUUCUGAUGUGUUCUUUCGGAUUUCAGAGGAAAAAAUCUUCAGUGAUAUAUUUCACUACCUGGAGUUUUUGUUUCGGAUGAUCCGUCCACAGAAGUUAUUUUUUAUCGCAGUCGACGGAGUGGCUCCAAGAGCCAAGAUGAAUCAGCAACGCGGACGCCGGUUCCGAUCAGCUCGCGAAGCGCAAGAGCAAAUGGAGGAAGCGCAAAAGAAGGGAGAAGUUUUGCCAACAGAGGCUAGAUUCGAUAGUAACUGCAUCACACCGGGAACUAGCUUUAUGGUUCGGCUCCAAAAAGCAUUGGAGCAUUUUAUAAAAGUGAAAGUUAGCACAAAUCCACUGUGGAUGCACUGUAAGGUUAUUCUUAGUGGGCACGAGACUCCCGGCGAGGGAGAACAUAAAAUUAUGGAAUACAUUAGACACGCCAAAGCGUCCCCAAAUUUCGAUUCGAACACACGUCAUUGCUUGUAUGGAUUAGAUGCGGAUUUAAUUAUGUUGGGACUUUGUACUCACGAGAGACACUUUUCUCUGCUGAGAGAAGAAGUUAAGUUCGGUAAAAAUGAUAAGAAAUCGAGCAUCGUUGAGGAAACGAGAUUCUACUUGUUGCACUUAACGUUGAUGCGUGAAUAUUUGGAGCUUGAAUUUGCGCCGGUUCGGGAUAAAUUGAAGUUCGACUUCAACAUCUACAAACUGAUAGAUGACUGGGUAUUGAUGGGCUACAUGGUGGGCAACGAUUUCAUACCCCAUCUACCGCAUUUGCAUAUCAAUGAAAAUGCAUUGCCAACUCUGUUCCAAGCCUACAUGGACAUUUUGCCUACCCUCGAUGGGUACAUAAAUGAGGGAGGAAUAUUGAAUAUGCCGCGUUUAGAAGCGCUGAUGAACCGUCUGGCACGAUUCGAUAGAGAUAUUUUCCACAAAAACUACACGGAUUUGCAGUACUUUAAAUAUAAAAGAGCACAUGAUAAUACGGAAGCAUUUGAUGUGCACAUAGAUGACAUUAAGGCCAAAACAGGCAUGGAUUGUGAUCUUUCGGCGCUCAUCAGUGCUUCGGAAGAUAUGUUCCUCGAUGACGAAGAAGACGAAGAAGAAUCACCAGGUGAUAUAGAGAAUGAUCCCAAGUUCUUUGAAAAAGAAUUCAUGGCUUAUAAAAGAAACUACUACAUCACAAAACUAGGCUACGAGGACUAUAAUGAGGAAACACGUGCCGAGCAAACCGAAUGUUACAUCCGUGCCCUCCAGUGGACACUAUUGUACUACUAUCGGGGUGUAUCAUCGUGGGCCUGGUUCUAUCCUCACCACUACGCCCCAUUCAUUAGUGAUCUGACGAACUUCAGUCAUCUGCGGCUCAAUUUUGAAAUGGGCAAACCGUUUCUUCCGUUCCAGCAGCUUCUUAGUGUCCUUCCAACGGCUAGUAAAGAUCAUUUGCCAAGUGCGUAUCACAAACUGAUGACCGAUCCUGACAGUCCUGUGGUAGACUACUAUCCGGAGCAGUUCGAAACCGAUCUCAAUGGCAAACAACAGUCAUGGGAGGCGGUUGUAUUGAUUCCAUUUAUCGACGAAAAGCGUCUACUCAAAGCCAUGGAACCGUGCGAUGCAUUUCUUACGGACGAGGAAAAACAGCGGAACGUACAUGGGCCAAUGCUGCUGUUUCGGUACGACGCCAAUGGAACAGAGCUUUUGCCGGCUAACUAUGGAUUCGACGAUGUCGAACCGUUGAAGGUGAAAGAGACCGCAAUUUAUCGCGAUGAGUUGAAAGUGCCGAGUAGUAAGCUAGUUCUUGGGCCAUCGAAGGGUGCUAUUCUCGAUGGAUACAUCAAAGGCUUCCCGACGAUGAAACACCUUCAUUAUCAUGGAAUCCUCAAGGAAGUGCGAGUGAAGGUGUUCAACUUCCCCAGCCGAAAUCCAAGCAUGGUGGUGGUUAUUGAUCGCCCCCUGGAAGACUCUAAGAAAACAACGGAAGCAUGGGCGCGCGAACUACUUGGCCGUAUUGUCUACGUUAGCUGGCCGCAUCUCACUGAGGCUAAGGUAGUUAAGGUGACCGAUGCGAAGCAGAUAUUUGAGAUGGAUCGCGAGCCUCAGGGAAACAAUGACAAAUUUUUCAGCACCUGUAGCAAAGCUAUCGCCGAACAUCACAACAACCGGUUGGCAAUUGACUUAGGCUGCAUAGAUCAAACGGUGCAUGUGAAAGUAUGCAUAGGAAGCGAAUAUGUACUUAAAGAUGAUCGCUACGUGCUACACAAGCUGUGGAACAUCGGGCAAACGAUUUAUCCCGUCCAAGCGGUCGUCACUAAUUUGCAGGAAGCUUUGAAAACUUUGAAACCUUAUCAAGAAAUUCGAGAAAUGUUCCCUGAAAAUUGUUUGGUGUUUUUGCGUGCCACCCAGUGGUAUGGAAGCAUGGGUAACGUAAUCGAGGUUACCGCGGGUCAGAAACGCAUCAAGACAAGGUUUGAGAUAUACGAAGAACCCAACUUGGAUCAGAUCGCGGCCAUCAAUGAUGAAGCCAAGAGUCACUAUUUGACCUUGCAAGAUGCGGCCUCAAUGAUCGGAAUAUCUGCCAACCUUUUGAGCAGGCUUUCGUCGACUAUUUAUAUGUUGAAAGGAGCGAGACGCUCGGUCAACGUGGAUGAGGGUGGUAAAAUGAACAUCGGGCUGCAGUUGCGAAUGGUUAGUCAAGAUGUGGAAACGGUUGGAUACACCCGAAAGGUUAAUAAAACGUGGUUGUUUUCCGAGAAAGCCGUCGACCUUAUCAAAAGUUAUCACGAAAAGAUGCCCAUUUUAUUUGAGAAGCUGGAACAUUUUGGAAAAAGUGACAUUCUGUUUGAAGACGAAAUUUUCGGCGAACAAAAAGACGAUAGUGUGAGGCUGAAAGAGUUGGUAGCAUGGAUCAAAGGCCAGGAGCAUGCUAAAGCAGAGAAGCGAUCAUGUGGUACAAAAAUGUUAGAGCCGAAUGCCGUUGAAGAAUUAGUUCAGAUAGUUAAUGAACAAAGAACCAAGUCACCUAUCAUUCAAACAAUGUUCAUUCACCCGAAAGAUCUAUACAAACCAGGAAUGAAACAGGCGAAAAAAAUUGACCAACAAGCAAAUUACGAACUUCUUGAUCGUGUAAUUGUUGCCCGCGAUUCUGAAGUCGUUCCACUCGGAUAUCGAGGUACAAUCAUCGGAAUACACCUCGCAAAAGAUCCAAAUCCGGUUCGACAGGAGAGCGUUCUUUCCAAGGGAGACAAAUAUUUCGACAUACUGUUCGAUAAAGAAUUCCCAAAUGGCGUUCAGGUAUUCGGUAUUACUGCCACGGCGAACCGUGUCGUACGACUUGCCGAAGGAGCUGUACUGAAUAUUUCAUUCGGAACGUCUGACUUGGAGUACAAGCAGGUAGAUGCCGACCAACCGAUCAUUCUUCCGGCAGAAGAAUUCGUCAACCGAAAUAAUCAGCUGCAGCAACAUCAGAGAAAACAUGAACUGGUUCGUGUACAUGCACCAAAACCAACUCCGACUGCAGAAUCCAUUAAAAAACGUCUCAACGAACGAAUUGAGAAGAAAAAUCCAAACAAAGCUUUCAUCUUAGCCAAUAGGAAACCGUUGGAGGAAACUGUAGUUAACGAUCUCAAAUCUCAAACAAACUGUGAUUUCGAAAAACUUUGGAGUAAGCUUAGGGAAUCAUCGCAAGUACCGUCCACAUUUGACGAUCGCGACAUUAAAAGCUUUUUGUCGCAAAAUACUAUUGCACAACCAGUUUCACCUUCAUCACACAGAAAUGCUGAGGUUGUUCCAACACAAGAGAAAUCCACCGAAAAUCCGGUGGUAGACCCUUCCGAUAUGUUGCGAAAAAUGCUGAGAAUCGACAGUCAGGAAGAGAACCCGAUAUCGUCUAGUGUGUCGAAUGGCGUGGUGCAGGACAGUCACGAAGCUAGAAAGCUUAACGUUACGCAACCUGAUACUCCUGUGGUACAACCGUUAACCAAUAUUCCUAUGCCAAAGAAUUUGCCAAAACCGCCGCCUUCGUGGAGGUCACCAAAAAAGACAACUAACGACGAAACUAUCACCCAGUCGAAACAAACCACAAAUUCGGUCGGCAAUGCAGGCACAUACGUUCCGGCACCAAAGGAGGCGCCGAAAAAUCAGCACAGAAAUGCAAUUCCAAAUCACUAUACUCACCCAGCACAGCUUCCGUUGCAUGUUCAGCACCACCAGCCACCGCCUUUCAUGCCAUUCCCUUCUUUCAAUAUGCCGCAGAAAAGAGUCUACCCGGCAGGACCACCUUUUCCCGCAUACCCCAACCAACUGCAUCCGAUGCCCAGGUAUCAGCAACCUUCGUUGGUGCCAAUGCAUCAACAGCAGUUGUACAUUGCACAAUAUUCCAACAAUUCAGGAGGCAUCUCCAACAAUCAGCGCCAACGUGGUCCUAAAGGACCUCAAAAUCUGAGCUUUAACAGAAAUACUCCCGCCGGAACAGGAGCAUUCGUGCCCUUACAAGCGAUGCUCAAUUCUAAAAAUCGUAACAAUUUGACAACAGCAGCAACGGCGUCAGUCGGGAAUUCUGGAGGAAAGAAACAGUCCAAUUGUAAUCCAUCAGCAACGGCUUUCGUCAAAAAAAAUGCCGAACAAAGGCAGAUGGUCGAGCAAAAACAGGAAGAGGUGAAACAAAGUUUCGCUUCAUUUUUGGCCGACAAUAAUAAGACGGAUGAGUCUGUGAUCACCGAAAAGACGCUUGUGUCCACGGGUGCACCCAGUGAUGAAUCUGGUGCUAAUCAAUCCGUGAACAACUCAGAAACGAGUGCGGUAAACCUACCCAGUCCUGUUCCACCAAAACAGCGCCAGAUGAAAAUUGCUGCCAGGUUCUCACAAGCCAAUUAAGACUCAUUGUUCAUCCGUGGACCACAUAAUAGCGAGAUAAACGUUUUUAGAAGUAAGACUAAAAUCAAUUGUUUUCAAAAACACCAUAUCAGCGUGGUGAGAGAUAUUUAUGUUGGCUUAACAAUAUCAUGCACAAUGUAAAAGAAAAAAAAUUGUGCCGGUUGAAUACAUUUUAAAAUGUGAAACAACAGUAUGCAGAAAACAUAAA